UGAGUGCGCAUGCGUGAAUAUGGAUUCUCUUGUUUUUUUUUUAAUUGAAGUGUACACUAGUGUGUAAAUGCUUAUUUUGUUGUGUAUACUUCUAAAAUACGGUGAAUACUGGCUCUUCUUCGAUUGAUAAUUAUAUUUAAAACAUUUUACUAGUAAAUUUAUUUGUUUAAAUUUAUUAAAACCAUUUAAGUAUUUAUAAAUUAUGAUGAAUUCAUCUGGUGUUACACCAUCAGUUGAAUUAAGCUCUUACCGUGAUCAACAUUUUAAGGGUUCCAGAGCCGAACAAGACCGAUUAUUAAGAGUUUCUACAACUUUGUAUGUUGGAAAUUUAUCAUUUUACACAACUGAAGAACAAAUAUACGAACUAUUCUCAAGAUGUGGUGAUAUAAAGCGAAUUGUGAUGGGUUUAGAUAAAUACAAAAAAACUCCAUGUGGAUUUUGUUUUGUCGAAUAUUAUCAACGUGCAGAUGCUGAAAAUUGUAUGAGAUACAUAAAUGGUACAAGAUUAGAUGAUAGAAUUAUUAGAACAGACUGGGAUGCCGGAUUUGUUGAAGGUAGACAAUAUGGACGUGGUAAAACUGGCGGUCAGGUAAGAGAUGAAUACAGAUCUGACUUUGAUAGUGGAAGAGGUGGAUACGGAAAAAUCAUUCAACAAAAAGUGACAAUAGGUGAUGGAGGGUUUGAUCGAUAAUGAUUUUUAUAAUUAAUAUAUAAAGUUAAUCAGUACAUUUGAAGAAAUUCUAUAUUUAAGAAACAAAUUUUUGUGAUUUUUAUGAAUCAUAAUUUAUAACUCAUUAUCAUUAAUGAUGUCAUUUAAUUCAAUAAGUUUGUAAAUAUUUCCAUUAUUUUAAUAACUAAAAAAAAAUUAUUAAC